CAGGUGUUAUGACAGGAAUUCAUUUUUUUGUAUGAGAAAUUCUUAGGAUGUAUAAAAAGCCUGACUGGUAUAAAUAUUUUAUUCCUGUUGCUUCAGUGACAAGAAAACAUUGUGCACUUGAAUGGCCUGAGUCAAAUUUCUCCUCUGAAUUCCCUGUAUAUUGUCCUACUCAUGGUUGUUUAAGCCAGUGUCAUAGGCAAACUAAUGAGGUUGAUAAUGAUGAUGAUCAUGAUAAAGUUAAUCUGACCAAAUCAAAUAUUAAUGGAAGUGGUGAUGCAAAACUUGAAAAAAAUGAUUCAGAUAAUAAAAUUAUUGAAAAUAUUUUAAAAAAUAUUUGGAAGAAUGAAUUAUCAAAUUAUUUGAAAAACUUUUAUUCUCCUGGAAAUGCAUCUGAUGCGUUGAAAAGACGUCAAGAAUGCUUUACUGGGAAGCCAGCUACCUCAUCACCACUUUGUGUAUUAUAAUACAGUUUUUUGUAAGAAAAAGAAACAAAUACAAGGAGGGAAGAUUCAUGUUGACAUUUAUUAUUCAUAAGCGGAAUUAUUAAGUAAUUGGUUUCUUACACCUAUUGUUUAAAUGCAUCCAAAUUUAAUUCGAAUUACUUUGGAAAGUUUGGAAAUUUUGUUCAUUUAUUGUUGUACAACAAAUAGGGGAAAAGAUACUUUGUUAUUUCGAGGUGUUACAUUUGUUUAG